UUCUCACGCUUUUACCGAAAUGCUUCCAACUCGUGGCGCGGUCAUCAUAACGGUAUCCGGUGGAGCUCGCGCCUUACGGGGAUUUUAAAUUAACGGCAAGCGGAGGCAAAUUUAACACUGAAAGAGAAAGCGGCGGAGGAAUAGCACCGCUGCCGAGUGCUAAGCCCGUCGUUGGGGGAACCGCCUGCUCGGUACGCGGCCACUCGGGUCUGUGAAGCGAAGCAGGUCGCUGUCCCGUCCCGUCCUUGUGUUUUCGCGGCUGGGGAGUCGUCUGAGGGCUAUGGUGCUGCUGAAAAACGUACCGCCUCCGACGGAGGGUGUCCGGCACCAACAGGCCGAGACGGCGGCUGUGCUGGACGGGAGGGCGCUGGGCUCAGGGACGCUCUACGUCGCCGAGACUCGCUUGUCAUGGUUUGACGGAUCUGGAAUGGGUUUCUGCCUGGAGUACCCGUCAAUUAGCCUCCAUGCCAUUUCCAGGGAUCUAAGCGCCUACCCACAGGAGCAUUUGUAUGUGAUGGUCAAUGCCAAACUCGGCGAUGAAGCUGAAAUGGAAGCUGAAAAAAAAGAGGAGGAUGAUGAUGAUGAUGAUGACGAGGACAAUAGUGAGGAUGACUCUGGGCCAAUCACAGAAAUCCGCUUCGUGCCCACCGACAAGGCUGCAUUGGAGCCGAUGUUUAACGCCAUGUGUGAGUGUCAGGCACUGCACCCCGACCCUGAGGAUGACGACUCCGAUGACGACUUUGAGGGGGAGGAGUAUGAUGUGGAGGAGGCUGAGCAAGGCCAUGGAGAUGUGCCAACCUUCUACACGUACGAGGAGGGCCUUUCCCAGCUGACUGUCGAAGGCCGAGCCACGCUGGACCGGCUGGAAGGCAUGCUGUCCGCGUCAGCCACACAGCAGUACCACAUGGCAGGCGUGCGGACCGACAGCACCGCAGCGGAUUUCGACGAUGGAAUGGAAGUGGAUCCGGGUUCGACUGUUGCUGGACAGUUUGAGGAUGCAGAUGUGGAUCACUGAUGGAACCGACCCGAUUGUGCCAACAGAAGCACUUGGGACAGCUGAAUAAAAAUGGAGGCCAGGAGGGGUUUCAGCGAUGACCUAAUUUUUUUUCCUUCCUACUGCCAGCUGUGAAUUGUAUGUGGUUAAUUAGAGAGAUGGCAAAAUACAUUGUUCUUCAUUAGGAAGCUCUUACCUUGGUGUUGCUCUUUUUUACUGUAACUGAAGACUGACCUGAUCGGUGUGUUUGUGACAAAUGGCUUAAUAAAAAUAGUUUUUCUAUGA